GCCGACCGCUGUCUGGCCACUUAGGCGGGCGGGCGCGCACGUACGCACGCAAGCACGCACACUCGGCCCCAUCGCCGCUGGUUCCCCGAUACUAGGCGCACGGUCACGUGGGCCCAUCGCGCGGCGAGCGACGCGGGAAGCCGCGCGAGAGCGAGGCGCCGGGUGCGUGACCCGGCGCUUCCGCGUGCCGUGCGCGGCGCGGGAGCCCGCCCCUCCCGCACAGAGGAACCAGCCCGCCGCCGCGGCGGCCUCUGGAGCCACAAUGGACACGGCUAGCCAUAGCCUUGUCCUUCUGCAACAGCUGAACAUGCAGCGAGAAUUUGGUUUUCUGUGUGAUUGCACAGUUGCUAUUGGAGAUGUUUACUUCAAAGCCCACAGAGCGGUGCUUGCUGCUUUUUCUAACUAUUUCAAGAUGAUAUUCAUUCACCAAACGAGUGAAUGCAUAAAAAUACAACCAACUGACAUCCAACCUGACAUAUUCAGCUAUUUGUUGCAUAUUAUGUACACGGGGAAAGGGCCAAAACAGAUUGUGGAUCAUAGUCGUUUGGAGGAAGGGAUUCGAUUUCUUCACGCCGACUACCUUUCUCACAUUGCAACUGAAAUGAAUCAAGUGUUCUCACCAGAGACUGUGCAGUCCUCAAAUUUAUAUGGCAUUCAGAUCUCAACAACCCAAAAAACAACUGUCAAACAAGGGCUGGAGGUCAAGGAAACUCCUUCCAAUAGCAGUGGAAACAGAGCUGCUGUCCAGGGUGACCAUCCCCAGUUGCAACUCUCUCUUGCUAUUGGGCUGGAUGAUGGCACUGCAGACCAGCAGAGGGUCCAUCCUGCUGCCCAGGCCUUGGAGGAGCACCAGAAACCCCCAGUGUCCAUCAAGCAGGAGAGAUGUGAUCCAGAAUCUGUGAUCUCCCAGAGCCACCCAUCACCCUCAUCAGAGGUGACAGGUCUCUCUUUUACAGAAAACAGCAUCAAAAUACAUUUAUGCCAUUACUGUGGGGAACGUUUUGAUUCUCGUAGUAACUUAAGACAACAUCUCCAUACCCAUGUGUCUGGAUCCCUUCCAUUUGGUGUCCCUGCUUCCAUUCUGGAAAGUAAUGAUCUUGGAGAAGUACAUCCACUUAAUGAAAAUAGUGAAACUCUUGAAUGCCACAGGCUCAGCUCCUUCAUUGUCAAGGAGAAUGAGCAGCAGCCUGAGCAUUCAAACCGUGGUACCACAGAGCCUUUGCAGAUUAGUCAAGUAUCUUUGAUCUCCAAAGAUACAGAGCCAGUAGAAUUAAACUGUAAUUUUUCUUUUUCAAGGAAAAGAAAAAUCAGUUGUACCAUCUGUGGUCAUAAAUUUCUUCGAAAGAGUCAAUUGCUGGAACACAUGUAUACACACAAAGCAGUGUCUGCCAAAUGUUGUCUUCCUUGUGUUGAGCUAAGAAAUCUUCAAAGCAAACUUCUCAUGAAAGAAAGUUCAUUGCAAGAGAUGAAGACUGAGCUAGAAAGUUACAAAGAAAAUAACAUGCAACAGUCAUUCCAGAUAAUGUCCCUGAGAGAUGAUAUCCAGGACCUACAGGAACUCAUUGCUUCUCUAACCAGAAUUAAGUCUUUGAAAAACACCAACAUCCAGAGUCUUGAAAGAGGCAACUGGGAACUAACGGAACGAGUUACAGCACUAGAAAACCUUCUAAAAGUACAUCUGGUUGAAAGAGAAAAAGCAGAGCGAAAAGCAGAUCUUUUGGAGAAAAUGUUGUCAGGCACUAGCAGAUUCCCGUCUCAUAUGACUACAAAGGGACAAGAAGAUUUCUUGGAUAUUUUCCCAGUGAAGGAUAAGACCGAAGCUUUCCUGGUCAACCACUUUGAGGGAAACAUCUUUCACCCUGAAGGACCAGAUCACAGGCAGAAGAUAUGGGAUGAAUGUCAACAGGAUCUGAUACAUGAGGAAAAACAAGCAUCAGAGUUAGACAGACACCCAUAUUCAUGCAGCUGGGAAACUGAGACUGCACAAUCUCAAUAUCAGAAUUUCCUCAGUCAGUUGGCUACUCUUCUGAGUGACAGCAUCGUCCCCAUACCAGCCACAGAGGAAGCUGUGAAAGAGAGGAUUCUGGAAAUCAGUGAAAAUGAACUAUCUUGGAAAUCUAGAACGGAAGGCCUGCAGCAGGAAAUUCAGAUGCUCACUAAGCAACUGGAGCAGCUGCAUCAGAUUUAUGAAGAAGCUGCUCAAGAAGCACCUCAAAGUGGAGAAAAUUACAGGGAACAAAAAAGACCCUUAAAACGUCUGGAUGGAAACAUUGGUAUCAAUGAUUUUUUUCAAAGGAAAUUAGACUUGGACAGGAAUAAGGAAAACUUCAGAACGCAGAAUUCUCAAGUAGAUAAGCACAACAAGAAGUUCAAACAAUUAGAGAUGUUGUUGAAUAUUCGGCAAAAUUUGCAGAUUGUUACAACACCAAUAUUGGAGGAGAAAAUUCAGAAACUUCAGAAACAGCUCAGUGAUUUGAAAUUAUCAAAUAAAAAUAUGAAAACUCAACUGACAAGAAUAAAUGUCCUUAAAGACAAAACAAUUAUGAAGCUCAGGCAAUCUUUAACAAAAGUGGAAACAAUGAAGGAGAAGGUAGUUAUGAAUACAGAUGAUUUGAAAACUGCAUCAGAUUCUGCAGAGCAAGAGGCGAGAGCCGACAAAGAGAGGGCCCGUCAGAUGUUAGACAGUGUCACUCCUGAGCUCUCCACAACCAAGAACACGCUUGAAGUAGCAGGACAAGAACAAGAGCUUGGUGACUUUCGAGAAACUAUUUUGAAGAUGUUGGGAUUUGACAUGAAAACAGCAGACAAAGAAAUCAUCAAUCAGUUAAAGCUUAUUAUACAAGUUUACAAAAUAUCUAACAAAUCAAAGAUUGCUUCUGAUUGUGAGACUGGACUAGAUAAUGAAUAAAUAAGUUCUGCCUUUUCAUUGCUGCCAAGAACAACU